AGAGGGAACGGCAGAGUCAAAUGCUGCCACUGUGCAGUCUGGCGUGCACUGGAGUCCUCCAGCAAUGGGAACAUGUGCUGUGAGAAAGGACACGGGGAUAUGUGUUAAUAUGAGCAGGAGCACUUCACUGCAGAAGGUUCUGGGCCUGGUUCUGCUUCAGCAGAUGCUGUGCAGCAGUGUAGAGAUCCACCUAUCUGUCCAGGAGGAGCAGCCAGAGGGCAUCAAAAUUGGAAGAAUUGCCCAAGACUUUCCUCCACCAUAUAAUUUCCUGACUUCCAAUAAGCACAUGAGGCUGGACACAAAAACAGGGGACCUGUACACUACUAUGCACACCAUUGACCGGGAGAUGUGCCCACAACUGCCAACCACAACAGGGGCGUGUCUGAUCCAGCACCUUGCAGUGGCCGGCCCAGAUGAGGAGGUCAUCAAGGUCACCGUGGAGGUAGAGGACAUCAACGAUAACUCGCCUCACUUUCCGGUGGAAGAGGUUCGCCUCAGCAUGCCAGAGGAUGUUGCUGUGGGGACCAGUUUCCUUCUGGAUGACCAGGCUCAGGAUGAUGACGCAGGCAGUAAUGGAGAGUUGUGGUACCGCUUGGACGACCCUGACGGGUUCUUCAGCGCAAAAGAGGCAGGCCCAUUGCUGGUGGUGGUGGUAAGACGGCCAUUGGACCGGGAGGCCCGGGACACCCAUCUCCUGACCGUGGUCGCGACUGAUCGCGGGGUCCCGUCGCGGAGCAGCACGGCCAUUUUGGUUGUGGAAGUGACUGACAUCAAUGAUAACUGUCCAGCAUUCCGCCCUGACAGCCCCAAGUCCGCCUUUGUCCGGAUGGAUGCGCCUAGGGGCACGGCAGUAACCCGUGUCAGGGCCGUGGACCCCGACCUCGGCCCCAACAGUGUGAUCAUAUACUCCUUCAGUCCCAAGACUUCUGACAAGUCCAGAGAGCUGUUUUCCCUGGACAGCCACAGUGGGCAGAUUACCCUGGCUGGCGCUAUUGAUAGCAAUGGCCCCGCUGAGUAUACGCUGCGAAUCCUGGCCACCGGCCAAUCCUGCCCCCCUGUUGUGACACAGGUAACAGUAUCCAUACUCCCGGCAGCCAGCCAGAGGCCGGUGAUGAAGAUCAGGUACAUAGCAGAGCAUCGAGAAGGGACUAUACUGAUAGAGGAGAACCAGCCCCCCACAGUCCUGGCCCUCCUGGAGCUGGAAGACGCGUCCCCUGUGAAAGGCGCCCCAUCCAUUGCGGGGGAGGUGCCUUUUUUUCUGAGACCACAAACUGGCAACUACCUCCUGCUAACAUCGAAGCCCCUAGACUUUGAACAGAUAUGCAAAUAUCAUGUUUCCAUUCGAGUUGAAGACAGCCGGCUCCCUGGGGGGCGUGAGGAGAUGGUGAUCACAGUCAUAGUGUUGGACGUCAAUGACAAUGCCCCGCAGUUCCAGCAGCCCCAUUAUCAGGUGGAAGUGGAGGAGAACAAUGCACCUGGGACGACCCUAGUGCACAUCAGAGCUACCGAUCUGGACAGCUUGCUGAAUGGCAAAGUGACUUACAGACUAGGCCCUCAUACAGCAGCCAUGUUUAGCAUCGAGCCUGUUACUGGCCGUGUGUCAGUGGCAGUCACUCUGGACAGAGAGCAUCAGGAGUUUCACAAUUUCACUGUGCUGGCCAGGGACAAUGGCUCUCCUGCUCUGGAAUCUACCACCAGUGUGUCCGUUCGCGUGCUGGACCAGAAUGACAACGAGCCUGUCUUCGCCAACACAGACUUCAUCUUCUUCAUCCCAGAGAACUUCCCUCGCCUUGGCCAGGUUGGAGUGGUGGGUGUCAGGGACCCAGACGCUGGGGGCAACGGGAAAGUGGAGGUCCAGGUGCUGAAUGGCAGCAGUCCCUUCAUGAUGGACAAUGCCCGGGGGACCCUGCGCUGCGUGGCCGAGAUUGACCGUGAGAUGCAGGACCGCUAUGAGCUGUGGCUCCUGGCUCACGAUGGUGGUGACCCCUCACUCUCCUCUACCGCCCGGGUCACCAUCUUUGUGGAGGACGUCAAUGACAACCGGCCUCAAGUGAUCCUCCCCUCCAGCAACCUGUCCUGCCUGACUGUGUCCCCCACCACCCUCACUGGGGCCACUGUCACCAAGAUCUACGCCAUCGACGAAGACUCUGGGAUCAACGCUGACAUCAGCUACCGCAUGGUGGCCUCAGAGCCACACCGCAGCAGCCCGUUUCUGAUUGACGCACGCUCGGGGAACGUCACGCUUGCCCAGCAACUGCUGCUAAGCGACCACGGGCUGCACCACCUCUUCAUCGUGGUGAGUGAUGGCGGAGAGCCCAUCCCCCUGUUGUCUUCUGUGUGGGUCAAUCUCCUGGUCAAUGAGACGCAGGAGCCCUGCACUCUGAGCACUGUGCCUAUGCCUGUGCCCUUCCAUUUCACACACCUACCCUCCCAAAAGACCAUCUGUGAGGGGGACCCAUCGGACGUUAAAUACGCCCAAAACAUCCUGUUAGUGGGCCUUGGCAUGUUGGUGUGUUCUGCCAUUAUGCUCCUGGGAACUGUUAUAUUGUUCAUAAAACAAAGAACACUACGGAAAAGCCACCAGAAGCAUGUUUCUAAAGGUUGUGAAAUCCCACUGAAACUGAAGGAGACCUACAGUACUGUCGAUUGGACAGAUGUACAGUGAGAUGGGCCUAAACCAAGAUCCAUAUUUUGUCAUUUUUAUACAAAAAUACAGACGUUUCUUUAUUUAUACUAUAUGUAUGUGGACACCUGACAUCCAACAUCUCAUCCAAAAUUAUGGGCAUUAAUAUGGAGUUGGUCCACCCUUUGCUGCUAUAACAUCCUCAACUUAUACUAGAUGUUGCUAACAUUGCUGCUGGGAUUUGCUUCCAUUCAGCCACAAGAGCAUUAGUGAGGUUGGGCGCUGAUUGGGUGAUUAGGCUUGGCUCGCAGUUGCCUUUCCAAUUGAUCCCAGAGGUGUUGGAUGGGGUUUAGGUCAAGGUUCUUUGCAGGCCAGUCAAGUUCUUCCAGACCGUUCUCAACAAAAGAACUUUCUAUAUGGACCUUGUUAUGUGCUGGGGGCAUUGUCAUGCUGAAACAAGAAAGGGUCUUCUCCAAACUAUUGGGGAAGCACAUUGUCUAGAAUGUGAUUGUUGCAUUAGGAUUUUCCUUCACUGGAACUAAAGGGCCUUGCCAAAACCACGAAAAGCAGCCCCAUACCAAGGGGUGUCCAUAUACUUUUGGUCAUAUAGUGUAUGUUACAUAAAGUUAUAACCAAAAGUACAAUUCAUAUUGAACUCAAGCAGGAAAAGUAUAUAUUUGAUUCCAAUUGGUUGUCUAUUUGUGUACAUUACAAAUUUAUAAUCUGGUAAAAGGUCUCCAGCCUCCAAAAAAUAGAAAAUAAUGUUCUCAGAAUACACUUGGAGGCAAAAAUGUUGCCCAGAAUGUAUUAUCAUGUCGUAAAUCAUUGCAGUGUGAGUUUACAAACUAUAAUAAAUGUUUGUGGUCUUUAUAA